CACCUGCUGAGCAGAUCCACAGCAAGAGCAAAAAAGAAGAAGAAGAAAAAAAAAGAAACGGACGAGAGGAAAUACUGUCAACAGUCAACAUGAAGAUCACGCUUUGCUCCAUUGUUCUUGCAAUCCUGGCUCUAAACUUGGCCACAGAAGCCGUGCAGGUCCAGGAGGAGGAGUUCUCAUUCUCACUGGAGGCUGUGAAGAAGCUCCAAGAGCUGACAGGUAGCAGCAGGAGGAUGGAGAAACUGAAUCCGCGGCACAGGACCAGUGCCAUGUCUGUCUGUGUCAACCCCCUCCUUCCACAGGUGUUCCUUCCCCUCUGUCAGCAGCCAGGAGCUGCACUUUCCCUCUCAAAACUAGCAAUGAUUCCCAUUGACGUCUGUGAGAUCUGCUCUUUUGCUGCCUGCACUGGUUGCUAAACCAACCCAGUUAAAACACAAGGGAACAGGAGAUCAUCUCUUCAUAUUACUCACUACUACUCAUGUUUAUUUUGUUAUCUUUGUUUGUUUUAUCCCUUUUUUUCUUAAGAGCAUUUUUGGCAUCGUUUCGUGUAGUGGUACAUUGCAGAGUAUAUGUCUAGGAAGACAGACACAAACUGUUUGAUUCUGAAGUCAAUAAGACAAAAAAAAGGGCUCCAGAGCAACAAAAAAAAAAAUUGGGGUUGUAUUUUCUACAAACUGUUACUUUUCAGCAUGUUCAGCACUUGUUCUGAUGAGUCUCUAUCAUUAACAUUUUUUAUUUUUGUUAGUCAUAUUUCUGUUUUCCAAGCAUUGUGUAUUUAAAGCAGAUAUGUCUUUAUUAUUUUUUCUCCUUUUGUACGGAUGUUUUAAAUAAAAGCAGAGAAAAAAAAAUCA